GGGCCCCGUCCUGCGUGAGCGGCUCCAGUCCAGCCCGGUGGCCGGAGGCGUCUAGCGGGACCGAGUCGCUGCGGCCCAUGGGGGGCCGAGCCCCAGCGCCCGGCACGGGGAGCAGCCUGAGCCCGAGCGCGGGGAGCGCACGGGCCGCGCCAUGGAGCCCGAGCCAGUGGAGGACUGUGUGCAGAACACGCUCUCAGCCCUGUACCCGCCCUUUGUGGCCACAGCACCCACACUGCUGGGGCAGGUGUUCGAGGUAGUGGAGCGGACGUACCGGGAGGAUGCCCUGCGCUACACCAUUGAGUUCCUCAUACCUGCCAAGCACAUCCUGGCACGCAUUCAACAGGAGGCCUGUGCCCAGUACAGCGGGUUUGUGUUCUGUCAUGAGGGCUGGCCGCUCUGUCUGCACGAGAAGGUGGUGGUGCAGUUCAGCUCCCUGCCCUGGCAGCAGCUGUGUCCUGGUGACUUCUACCUGCAGGUGGCCCCCUACCUGUGCCGUGCCCCCCGCCUGGUGCUCAAGUGCCUGUCGCCGGACGGGCGCAGCGUUCAGGAGCUGCCGGUGCUGCCUGACGCCUACCCCUUCCUCUUCACUGCUGAGUGGCUGAACGGCAUCAACAAAGACCGGCGGGCCGGGCGGCUGGAGCGUUGCCUGCUGGCAGCUGAAGAGCGGAUUCUGCGCCUGCCCUGGACCGAACUCAUCUGCCCGCAGUUUGUGCACCAGGGCAGCUUCAUGGUGGGGCGGCGUUGCCUGCCGGGCCCCAGCCCUGAGGUGCUGGGGGCUCGCAGCCCUGGGGACGGGCGCCACUCAGGCGGGGAGAGCCAGGAGGCAGAGGGCGGGGGCCUGGAGGGGGAGUACGUGCAGCUCCUGGAAAUCAGCCCGCCCCGGCACAACGCCCCCCCAACCCCAGUGUCCCCCAGUUCCCAGAGCCGUACCCUGCCUGCCCGCAAGGGCCAGGGCAAGGGCCGCAACCGGCGCCACCGUGCCUGGCUGCACCACAAGCCCAGCCGGGAGGAGACUCUACCCAGGAACCGGCCCCGCAGAACCUGGGAAGGGGGGCGGCCAGGGGCGGAUCCCGGCCAAGCAGGGCUCCUCCGGGGCUGGGACCUACAGAGGCCAUACGGGGAGACUGGAGGGCCAAGGGCCAGCCAGGGGGAUGGGCAGGAUCGGGGGGGCCCUGCACACAAAGUGGCAGCACAGAGUCGGGGCAAAGAGGGGCAUCUGCCUGGGGAGAGAUGGGGGGGAGGAGACACCGGGGAGAGGGUAGGGGAUCCCACCCUGGGGGAUGAGCAGCAGGGUGGGGACCCUCCGGAGGGACGGCGGGGAGGGGAUCCCAGCCUCAAGAAGGAGCAGCGGGGCGGGGACUCUGAGGUGAAGAAGCGAGAUGGGGUCCCUGGGGAGAGGCAGCAAGGAGGGGAUUGCAGCCUCGGGGAGGUGCAGCGGAGCAGGGACCCUGAGGAGAAGCAGCGAGAUGAAGUCCCUGGGGAGAGGCAGCAAGGAGGGGAUUGCAGCCUCGGGGAAGUACAGCGAAGCGGGGACCCUGAGGAGAAGCAGCGGGAUGGGGUCCCUGGGGAGAGGCAGCAAGGAGGGGAUUGCAGCCUCGGGGAGGUGCAGCGGAGCAGGGACCCUGAGGAGAAGCAGCGGGAUGGGGUCCCUGGGGAGAGGCAGCAAGGAGGGGAUUGCAGCCUCGGGGAAGUACAGCGAAGCGGGGACCCUGAGGAGAAGCAGCGGGAUGGGGUCCCUGGGGAGAGGCAGCAAGGAGGGGAUUGCAGCCUCGGGGAGGUACAGCGAAGCGGGGACCCUGAGGAGAAGCAGCGGGAUGGGGUCCCUGGGGAGAGGCAGCAAGGAGGGGCUUGCAGCCUCGGGGAGGUACAGCGGAGCGGGGACCCUGGCCCCCCAGCCAUCUCUCCCCAGCCCAGCACUGUGGCUGAGGUGCAGGGGCUCAGUGAGGGAGCGGGGCAGGCAGCAGGGACAGCUGCAUGGCCUAGCUCCAGGCAACGGGAACAGAGCCAAGGCCUUCCAAGGCUGAGCAGCUCCCAGCACAAGGCUCCCAGCCCGGACCUGAGGCCAGCCAGAGCAGAGCCACCAGGAGCCAGGACUAGCCCCCAGCAAGGAGCCGUUAAGGACUCUGCUCCAGGGCUGCCACACCGGGCUGCCAAGGGCAACCGCAGGAGGAGAAAGUGGGGGGGGAGAGGCUGCCCCACCAGUGUGGAAUGGAAGGAGCCUGGGUCUCCUGGGGCAGGGGUGGGGGAUGCCCCGGCUGGCACCAAAGAGGGGGGUAUCCCUGCUGGCACUGGACUCCCUGUUGUCCCCAUCCCAGGAGAGGGGGACAUCCCCUCAAGCACCAAAAAGGAGGGCAGCCCUUCUGGCACCAGACUGCCCAUUACCUCCACCCCAGGAGAGGGGGGUGUCCCCCCCAGCACUAAAGAAGGCAGCCCCUCUGGCACCAAACAGCCUGUUGCCACCACCCCAGGAGAAGGGGGUGUUCUCCCCAACAGCAUAGAGGGGGGCAAUGCCUCUGGCACCGGACUCUCCGUUGCCCCCACCCCAGGAGAGGGGGCCAUCCCCCCCAGCAGCACGGAGCCGGACAGCCCCUCUGGCACCAGACUCCCCAUUGCCCCCACCCCAGGAGAGGGGGCCAUCCCCCCCAGCCCAGAGGAAGAGACUUGUGCUGACUGCCCCGGGCAGGGGGCCCUCCCAGCCGCCCUGGCAGAGGCUGCAGUCCCCACCGGCGCAGAGGAACAGGCUGCCCCCGAAUCCCUGGAGAGGACGGAGGCUGUUGGUGCUGGUGCAGCCCCAUUUGUGGAGAGUGCUUUGCCCCUCACGGGGGGUGCAAGAACCAGCUGCCCCGUGGAAUCCCUGCCCCCCACCUCGGCCCCUGUGGGGCAAGAUGUAGAUUGGGAGCUUUUGCGCUCAGGCAUCUUCCAGCUGACAGGCGGAGUAGACCGGAUGGGAAGGGCCUUGCUGACUGUCACCCCCCAGCCCCCAGGGGAGCCGGCCCCAGCCCAGGGGGAGCUGAGCCAGGCCCUGCGGUACCUGCAUUCGCUGCUCAGGAAGGAGCAGCAGGAGCUGGGGCUGACGGGGCUGCUGGAUCUGCGGCAAGGAGGGGCUCUGCCCCUCCACCCCCCUGCACUGCUGCCAGCCCUGCAGGAGCUGCAGGAGGCUUCACCAGCUCCUGUGAGCCGCCUGCUGGUGCUGGCCCCGGAGGGCCGCGAGGAGCUGCCCCUCAUUCAGGAGGCACUCGUGCUCUCCCCAGACGACCUGCCCCAGUUCGUGGACCCAGAGCAGCUGCAGACGACUCUGGGCGGGACCCUGCAGCACUCGCAGACCCAGUGGGUGGAGAUGUGCCAGGCGCUGGAGCGGCUCUGCGGGCUCUGCCAGGGCGUGAUCCAGUCAGUGCAAGUGGCCAGUGCUGAGUUGGAGGCAUCGGAAUUGGCCGAGAGUGACGAGGCGCUCUCUGUGCGGAUCUCCGGGCACAAGGAUGCCAUGCAGAAGCUGCUGUCAGAUCCACGGCUGCUGGAGUUGCAGAGCAGCGGGGGGUCCCUGCUGGCUCGACUGCCCCCACCAGGAACCUGCAGUGCCCAGGCCGCGAGGGCUGCCAGCUUGUAUCAGGAGGUGGACGAUGCCAUUCAUAGGCUGGUGCAGCUCAGCAAUCGGCGCCUGGGACAGCUGGAGCAGGAGAGGGGCUGCCGGCAGCUGACACAGGCUGUGGGCUGGCUGGCUGACCGUGGGGAGCAGGCGCUGGCAGGUUUCACCCCCAUGGAGGUGGGGGAUUCAGUAGUGGCCGUGGAGGAGACGCUGGCGAAGUUUGAGGCUUUUCACACCCUCGCCAAGGAAUGGCUGGCCCGGGGGCACGAGGCUCUGCAUCUGGCUGGUGACAGGGACCUGGCAGCUGAGGGGCAGCAGCUGGAGAGCUUCGAGCGCCGGCUGGAGAGCUGUGCACACACCAUGCACAGUGCCCUGCGGCUGCACCGCUUCCUGCAGCAGGUGCCAGCCGCUCAGGCUCAGGACUGGGCCCUGGAGGGCGUCCGGCGCCUGUCGGCCAUUGAGGACAGCGCAGGGCCAGAGGUGGUGCUGGGGACGCUGGGCCAGUACUGCCAGCAGCAUGGCGAGAUCUCGGACAGCGCCUUCCAGGAGAUGCGUGGGCUGGCAGUGCAGAGUCCCUGGGCGCUGCGGGAGUUGGGGCGCUGCCGGGCUCGCUGCCAGGAGCUGGGGCGCCUCCUGCAGCGGCGGCUGGAGAUGGCAUUGCAGGCUGGACCCCAGCCCCGGCGCCGGGCUGACAGCACCAGCGCCUCCUGCUCACCGCAGCAUCCAACGAGGGGCCUGGGCACCGGCCUGGGCUCCUCCCGCAACAUGAGCUGCCUGCUGCCUCCACCCGGCAGCCUCUCCCCUGGCCUGUGUGAGGUGCCCUCUUGCCACUCACUAGCGUCCCCCAGGGGCCCCAUGGAGAACAGCGACGAAGAACGGAGCCCCCCUCCCACCAGCUCCUCCACCGCUGCCUUCUUCCAGGCACCCACGCUGCCUCUGGGCACACUGCCCCCCUGCCAGCAUCCUGCAAAGGGUCCCCCCAGCACGCAGAGGGCACUGAGCGAGCCCGGCCCUCCCCGCCCCAGCGUCCUCAUUCGCGGCCUGGAAGUGAGCAGCCAGGAGGUAGUGGACCGGACCUGCUCGCCCCGGGAGCACGUGAUGCUGGUUCGCAGCAGCGCCCAGAGAGCCGAGGCGCCGUGGGGGGGCACACCCAGCACUGAGCGGAAACGCCGCCUGGGCGCCCAGCAGCGGCUGGUGGCAGAGCUGAUUGCCUUGGAGCAGGAGUAUCUAGGCUGCCUGGCUGAAUUGCUGCCCCUGGAGUUGGGGUGCCAGGAGCUACCCCCCGAGCUGAAACGCGAGUGCGGUGCCUUGGAGGGCACCCGUGACCGGCUGCUGGGCUUCCACCGCACCUACUUCCUGAAGGAGCUGCAGGGCUGCGCCAGCCACCCUCUCCGUGCAGGGGGCUGCUUCCUGCGAUAUGCGGACCAGUUCAGUCUCUAUGCCCUCUACGUGAAGAACCGGCAGAAGCUCGAUGCAGCACUGGCCUCUCAGCAAGCUGCCCACAAGACAGUACACAGCAGCCUAGAAGGUCCCUGGGAGGACACAGCACUGGCAAGUGCCCUGCAGAGGCCCCUGGAGCAGCUGGAGCGCUAUGGGCGCUUUCUGGAGGAGCUGCUGCAGGAGACGGACCUGGAGCAGGCGCCGGAGCGCGAGGCCUUGCGGGCAGCGCAGCAGCUGCUGGAGUCCCAGGUGCAGCAUGGCAGGAACCUGCUGGCCAUGGAGCAGAUCCGGGGCUGUGAGCUGGAGUUGAAGGCGCAGGGGCAGCUGCUGCACCGGGACGAGUUCACCGUGCUGCGUGGGCGCCGCAAGUGCCAUCGGCAUGUCUUCCUCUUCGAGCAGCUGCUGCUCUUCAGCAAGCGCAAGGGCACCGAGGGUGGCUUGGACGUCUAUGUCUACAAGCAGGCCUACAAGACAGCAGAUAUGGGGCUGACGGAGAACAUCGGGGAGAGCGGGCUGCGAUUUGAGCUCUGGUUCCGGCGUCGCAAGCUCCGUGAGGCCUACACGCUGCAGGCCUCCUCACCCGAGGUGAAGCACAAGUGGACCAGUGCCGUGGCCCAGCUGCUGUGGAGGCAGGCCACGCUCAGCAAGGAACUGCGCACGCAGGAGAUGGUCUCCAUGGGCAUCGGGGACAAGCCCUUUGUCAGCGUCCAGGGCCCCGGCCAGGCUCUGCUGAGCAGCCUGCUCACAGGCAGAGCCGCCCGCACCCGUGCCUCGGUGGCUCUCUCUUCCUUCAGCCCCUGGGCCGGGGCCCCAUGCUCCCCGCCAGCUGCCACGUCGUCUCCCCGCCCUGGCCCUGCCCCUGCCCCCCUGGGCCUGUUCUGCGAUGCCAGCCCUGUGCCCCCUGCGGCAGGGCGCUCCCCUGGGGCCUGCUCGUUGCCAGGGCACCUGGAGGAGGAGGAGUGGGAGCUGGACGUCAAGCACAUCCCCCGCGCGUCCGAGACAGCCGCUGGCUCAGGAGCUGCCCUGGCUCUGGGGGAGCCGUCCCCCAGGGGGGCAGAGUCGCCGGGGGGCUCUGCCCCAGUGCAGCGCCGGCCGAGAGACGGCCACGCCCCCCCCGACCUGGCGACCCCGCUCUGACCCUGGCACCGAGAGCUGGGUCUGGAGCCUGCACAGGAAGCUGUUUGCCUCGCGUGGCCGCGUGGGGCAGGAUCGGAGCCCUGGGGCCGCCAGGAAUAGGACAGUCUGAGCCCCUGGCAGACCCCUGGCACCGCACCCCACAGACUUAUCCCCACGGAUCCUCCCCUCCCCACCCACUGCAUGGAGCCACCAGAUGACCCCCAGCCACUGCCCCACGGGUCCUCCCCUCACCCUUCAUGGGACUACUAGGGCCCUGUAGCUACCAUGCGAGCUGGGGAAUGGGUAUCAGUGGAGGGCUCAGUGCCCCAUGGCCUGGGAGGGGAAGGACAGUGAUGGUGUGGGCAGGAAACCCAUCUGGCCUGGGCGUCAGAGCAGUGGGGCUGGCAUGCACCCUGGGUCUGGCCUGGGACUGCCCCAGCACCUGAAUAGCAUGAGGACCCCGAGUGUGCCCUGCACACUCACCAAGCCCUACGCGCACGUGCAGAGCAGAGCCCCCAUGAGGAUUGGCACAUACAUGCAUACUGAUCCUUGUCUCACCCAGCUGUGCCUCCACGUGCAACGACCCCUUCACGUGCACACGCCCACUCACACACUGAUCCCUGUCUCACCCAGCCGUGCCUCCACGUGCAACGACCCCUUCACGUGCACACGCAAACACACACACACAGAUCCCUGUCUCACCCAGCUGUGCCUCCACGUGCAAUGACCCCUUCAUGUGCACAUGCCCACUCACACACUGAUCCCUGUCUCACCUACACUUGACUCCAUGUGCAAUGGUCCCUUCAUGUGCCCACGCCCACACUGAUCCCUGUCUCACCCAGCCGUGCCUCCAUGUGCAACAACCCCUUCACAUGCCCAUGCACACACUGAUUCCUGUCACCCAGCCAUGCCUGCCUAUGUAAUGACCUCUCCAUACAACCACACUGAUCCCUGUCUCCACACUGGCCCACGGAUACCCCCUCUCCUCGUCCAACGACCCCAUCACGUGCACAUGCCCAUGCACACACUGAUCCGUGUCUCACCCAACCAUGCCUGCCCAUGUAAUGACCUCUCCAUACAACCACACUGAUCCCUGUCUCACCCAGCUGUACCUGUACAUGUAAUGACUCAUCCACACGCACAUGCGCAUCCACUGCAUGGAGCAGUGUGCUGAGAUCCCUGUGUCACUCAGACAUGUCUGCCCAUGGAAUGAUUCUGGCACAUGUGCACAUGCACACACAUGGGCCCCUUUUGCACCCACAGGCCAGCCUGCACAUGUCCAUUUGUGCUUCUGGGUCAACCCACACCCGUGCACACCCCUGUGUGUGUGCCUGUUCCACUCCCCUCCCGGAGUAGCUGCAGCCACCAGGGUUACUGCAAGGCAGCCACAAAGGCACUGGGUGGCCCAGCCCCAUCAGCCGGGGGCAGGAACAUCAUGGGAAGUCUUUGUGUGGCAGACUGGAGCAUCAUAGGACAUUCCCUCCUGGGGAGAUUGGAGAACUGUGGGAAAUUCAGUGGCUGGUGGACUGGAGCAUUGUGAGACACUGUGCUGGGAACGACUGGAGGAUCAUGGGAAUUUCUGUGCUUGGUGGACUGGAGCAUCCUAGGACAUUCCCUCCUGGGGAUACUGGAGCAUCAUUGGACAUUCUGUGCUGGGAGACUAGAGCAUUGUGGGAAAUUCUCUGCCUGACAGACUGGAGCAUCAUGAAGAUUCAGCGCUUUGGGCUGGAGCUUUAUACAAGUACUAAGGAGUGUAUAAUAUACAAUAUAUUUACUGAGGGAGCUGGGCCGGCAGGAGUGGGGGUGCAGCUGCCAGGGAAGCAGGAGCCUGUGGGGCCUGGCCUAGGAGUGAGUGGUGGACUGGAAGGCUGUUGCCUCAUGCCCUCAGGACCUGGCACUGACUGUGGGGAGUAGGGGCUGGGGUGGCUGCAUUUGGAGCCAGGAAGCCGGUCACUGUACAGACUCCUGGCCAUUUAUAUUCUGCAUAUUAAUAAAGCUGUGCCGGCAGCUGUCUCUGUCUCUGUUCCCGUGCUGUGGCCAGUCCCACUGCAGGACCCAGCUGUGUGCCAGCAUCUCCCACGCUUGGUUUGUCCAAGCGCCCAGCCUCCACUGAGAACGGGGCCUGGAGAAAUCCCA